AUGGAAUUUAUUACAUUUACUGCAUUUGUUGUAGUUGUUGCAUCAAAAAGUAUUAGGGCAUAUAGUUCAUGCAAGGUUGCCUAGAUUUUCAUAAUAGCAUAGACAAUAAAGUAUAGAAGGUAUAAGAAUGUGGGGAUUUGGGUAAAUCAUUUGGGUCUAUGGAGUUGGCUACAUUUGAGGGUACACUUGAGGCUUGGCUUUGAGCAUUGCUAGGUAAUCUUAGUUAGGAAAACUCAUUUUUCAGAUAUUUAAAUAUAUCUCUAAGAAUAAAACACAGAUUUGAUAUUUAGAUUUACAAAAGAUAUUAUGCCAUUUCAAAGGGGCUUAUUUCAUUCUCGUACUUUAGAAUUUACGUGUCCAAUCCUGAAUAAAUGGCAAUCCAAGAUUAAUUAAGCCAAUAAAUACUCAUGA